UUUGGCCGUGUUUUGUUAUGAUUUUGUGGUGGUUGGUUUAAAUAAUGAAAUUAUGUUAUAAAAGGCUCAAUAAUUAUUAAAAUUAAACAGAUAAAGACAUUAUAAUGUCUUCGUUUCUUUGUUUUCUGUGCCAUAGCACCGUUAACUCUGAAACUACUGAAGAAACACGAGAUAAAUACAGAGAGAUCGUCGGAAUGCACCUGUGCCCAGACUCCCAUUUGUGUUACAUAUGCUGUUGUUUACUGAAUAAAUUAUGUUUAUUCAGAGCUAUGUGCCUGAAACGCAGUCUGGAGUACCCAGUGCUGUUCAGUGAAAAAGGCACAAUAAAUCUACAGAGAAGUGAUCUAGAUACCUUGAACAUAUGUACGGAGGAUAACUGUAAACAAUCCAUCUAUAGUAUAAACAAAUCAUUAUAUGCAAACUUCAAUACUAAAACAUACAUCUUUAAUUCAGUAAACUAUAAAGACUUUUACGAAGCUGAGCAAGACUGCAAUACACACUCAAACCAAUAUGUUGAGUUGGAAGACGAUAGAAAUGAUUAUGAUAAUGCGUCUAUCCAUUCCAAUGACAACUACAUAACUGACUUUGAUAACAAUGUGUUUAAUACUGAAAAAACAAAUGAAGACAGAAAUCAGUUUGUUGAUAAUGAUAAUCAUAGUGAUUUUGUAGCCAACCAAAAUGAAUUUAUAGAUAAGCAAAAUGAGUUCAAUGAUAAUGAAAAUAGAUUUAUGGAUAUCAACAAUGAAAAACAUUUUUUUAAUGAAGACAUGCGAAUACAAGAAGCAGAAUGUAAUGAAAGUGCCAAUAACAGAAUGGAGUAUAAAGAUAAUGAACAUUCAGAAGCAGAGGUUCUUGAAAUGCCACAAAAUGUUGAUAACCAAAGUGAAAAUUUACAAAUAGAGAUUAAAAUAGAACCAUGUAACCAAGAAAUAAACCACAAAAGUGAUCAAAUGGCUGUGCAAACAGAAAACAACGAAAUUAAUGACGAUUCUAUAGAUCCUACAAAAGAAAACACAGUUGAAAAACAAAAGAAAACCAAAAAGAACAAAAAAGCUAAGAAGAAGAGUUUCACGAAAAUUGUUCUGAGUUUCAAAGAACAAAAGUCAGUGCUAGAAGCUAUGAGGAAGGAGAAGAAGUAUCUAGAAGCUGAAUUCAAGUGUCACAGUUGUGCACUAGGGUUCCUGUUUAAGGACACAUACCAGUCACAUAUGGUGCGACAUGAAGAAUCCAACGGUCAGUUCUCGUGCAACGUGUGUGGACUGCGUUUCGCCACUCAGAAUGCGCGGUGUAUGCAUGUCAUUCUACAUUCAGAGCUUCACAGAUGCAACAAGUGCGGUAUGGAAGUGAAGCGCACACACAAGGCGCGGCACUCGCGUGACUGCUGGGGUCAGGGGGCGGGCAGCAGCUGCCACCUGUGCGGGAAGCUGUUCCGAGACUCGGCGUACUCUGCGUGCCUCCAACAGCACCUCAAACGCUUCCAUGCGGCCCGCAGCAGCCCCUCGCGGCGCCAGUACUCGUGCCACGCGUGCGGACAGACCUUCCCCGAGCAGACGAAGCUAAGGACGCAUAUGCUCUCCCACCUAACAGCUCAAUUCCCUUGCGACCGCUGCCCCGCCACGUUCCGCAGUCCAUACAGCCGGCGCCGCCACCGCGCGAGCCACGACGCGCCCCCCGCGCCGCUAGGGGGCGCUAAGAAGAGGAAACCAGACCCUGUUGAUAGAGAGAGUCCAUACAGCCGGCGCCGCCACCGCACGAGCCACGACGCGCCCCCCGCGCCACCAGGGGGCGCUAAGAAGAGGAAACCAGACCCGGUCGACAGGGAGAGCCACGAGUGUCCAGUCUGCGGUCGCGACUGCCCCACCCCGCGCGCGCUCACCCUCCACUUAGAGACUCACUCUACCCGGCUCUACUCCUGCCCGCAGUGCGGUGCCUCGCGCGCCUCCCGCCGCCGCCUCGCGCGGCAUGUCGCCUCGCACCGCGCGCCCGUGUGUGCACAGCACCAGUGCCAUCUGUGUGGGAAUGUCUACAAGAGCACGAGCAAGCUGAACCGCCACAUCCGCGAGGUGUGCGAGCGAGCGCGUCUAGAAGAACAACUGGCAUCGCUGUACGAACAAGAGAAUGAUAUGCACAUGCAACAUCAUCAUCAUAUGUGAAGCAAUACCUGUAAUACCCAUACGCUGUUUCACAUAAUUUCCGCUAGAGGCGCCACUUUGUAUGCGAGAAAAAGUAAACUUUUACAGUUUUCGACAACCUAUUAAAACUGUACUAUAAGAAGACGUAUUCCUUAGCCAUCCUUUUAAAUUUAUACUUACCCACUUCUUAGCGUAGCUUUAAUAGCAGUCCAUUAUCGAUACGCUAUAAGCCACUUUACUUGCAACAGUCGAAAGUGAUAACAAUAAUGGUUUUAGAUAGUUUGUAAGUGGGUAUAUAUUUUUGCAGCACUAAAUAUCUAACUGGAGAAAAUGGAUAAAAAUUAUAUCAGCAAUAAAACUA